ACCCGCUGAUAUCAUCUGUCAAACUUUCCGUGCAAUUUUCACUUUCAUCGUCGGUUCUCGUGCAAUCCGUCGAAAAAUCCGUUUUCCCCGGUCGUCGGUCCUCUAGAAUGAUUGCUUCAGUGUGAAAAGUGAACCCGUCGUUCGGAACUGUUGAGAGAAAGUGGCCGCGACGCUGAAGGUGGCCUCAAUCGGGUGAAAAAGUCAAAAAUCAAUUUUGACCAGCAAAUUUGGCUGUGAAAAUCGAAAAUGAUGGUCCAGUUCCGAGUGUCGCUUCGUGUGGCGGCUUUAGGGCUUGCAAUCGUGAUAGCGUCAAGCCUGCCGCCAGCGCGGGCGUCUCCGGGGGACUCGACCUCCGCCGGGAGUCUAAAAUCGGAUGACCACUUGCAAGGCAAGCCACAAGAGCCGGAGCAGCAGGACCAAUCGUUGGGUCAAUCACCGGAAAUGAAAUCCUGUCCCAGGAUGAUGAGACAAAUCUUCGACGGAUAUGCUCCCAUCGGCGGUCGCGAAGCAGGCAACUACACGGAAACUCCGGACGCGCCAACUCUGCGAACGUGCGUCCAGCUGUGCUGCGACAAAGGACCAGACUGCAACACUGCUUUCAUCUUCAACCGAUCGUGCUACCACGUGCGCUGUCUCAGCAAUGACCUUUGCCUGCCGGCAAAGAAGAAGAACCUGUCGACGACCCUGCAGAUGGUGCUGGUCAAUCCGGUGGGCGGUGGCGAAAGCGACGGCGCGAGUUGGUUGGAGAUUUUGAAGAGCGCGAAUCCUCAACAGCUGCUGCAGGAGGAAGAUUUGCAGGGUCGGUUGGCGGGGGCGGAGACGAGUAUAUUGAAAAAGUUGAAGAAUAUUUACAACUUUGAGCGCAAUCGGCAGGAUCUGGUUGGAGAUGGUGGGUACAGCAUGCCGGUGAAGCAGCUGGCGGAUUACGACUUUGGGAAGGCCGGCUAUAUGAGCGAUCCGGUGAAUUAUUUGAACGAGCAGUACGACGAUUUGGCGAUGGAGGAGAGCAAGUUUUAUCCGGAGCAGAAGCAAGCGCUGCCGACGACUUGUGAGUUUGGCGUGGACGGAUCUUGUCCUAAGAAUGAGGUUUGUAUGCGAGUGAGCAGUAAUUCGAUGGCGGGACUGUGUGCUUGCGUUGAGCAGUACGUGCGCAAUGCUAAGAACGUUUGCGUUAGGGAGAAGCAACCGAUGGCUUACGCUGCGGCGCCGCAGACGCUGACCGCGCAAAAGCUGGUCAUGAACAAUAUUCACAGUGAAGCGGGUGAAAUUGACGAGGGAAAUCAGCAGUCGAAGAAGCUGACAGUGUCGGUCAUGUCGAAGGAGGUGAGGUUGCCGGCGGACACGAUUGUGCUUUCCGCGUACGUGAUUCCAGAUGAAACCUCCAGCGGAGACAAGUACGCCUAUUCUUGGUCACUGAUUUCGCAACCUUCAAAGGUUUACAGCAAUGCAACUAUUACGGAUCAAACCAAGCCGCAGGCGAAGCUAUCCAAGCUGACGGAGGGUUUGUACCAGUUCAAGGUAACCGUUACGGGCAGCGAUGGCUGGUAUGGGGAAGGAUCGGCGAAUGUAUCGGUGCUCCCGGAGCAAAAGAUAAACAAACCUCCGCAGGUGAUAAUUACUCCGAUGGAACAAACGGUCAAACUGCCAAACCACAAGGCAAUCCUCGACGGAAGUGCUUCGACGUCAUCUUCGUCCAAGAUCGUCUCAUAUCAGUGGGAGUUGGUGCAAGGUCCGCUCGGCUAUCAGCCGGAACUUCCCGCCGUAAGCACUCUCCAGCUAAACGAAUUAACCAUUCCCGGCAAGUACACCUUCAAGCUGACCGUAAGCGAUUCGGAGAAGCUGGCCAACAGUACCACGGCGACGAUCGAAGUGCUAAAAGAAAUCGACUACCCGCCGGAAGCGAACGCCGGCCAGAACGUGAUCGUCUACUUGCCGAACAACAACGUCACGCUGAACGGAUCGCUCAGCAAGGACGACCACGAGAUUGUCGCCUGGGAGUGGACAAAAGCCAGCUCCGACCAGUCCAAAGCCGUUGACAUGCAAAACACGCGAACUCCGUACCUGCAGCUUUCCAAUCUUGAAGAGGGCGUCUACGCGUUCGAGCUUAAGGUGACCGACGCCAAGAAUCAGAGCAGCACCUCGAGCGUCCACGUGUUCGUAAAAACACCGACUAAUAUGCCACCGACGGCCAAGGCUGGAGCAAACUACACGAUAAACUUGCCCCAAAACUGGGCCACCCUCAACGGAAGCGAUUCGCGGGAUGACCUCAAGAUUACCAGCUGGCGGUGGCGUCAGAUAAGUGGUCCAAACACUGCCGUAAUUCAGGCAGGAAACAGCUCGAUUGCCAACGCGACAGCGCUCACGAUCGGCGAGUACGUCUUCGAGCUUACCGUUACGGACGAGGUGCAAAACAACGCCUCGGACCGGGUUCGGAUUACGGUGGUUCAGGAACGAAACACCGCACCGGUCGCGAAUGCCGGCGGCGACCAGAGCGUUACACUGCCCACGAACGCCAUCGUACUGAACGGGACGCGUUCGUACGACGAUCUGGGAAUUGCAAAUUUCAGCUGGACGCGAGAACCGGGCAGUUUGGCGGUUGGAAGCAUCGUUGACAAUACGGACAAGAGGCCGGUUUUGAUUCUCACAAACAUCGUUCCCGGCCGGUACGUUUUCAAGCUGACCGUAACCGACGGGCAGGGACUUUCCGGAAGUGACACCGUUAGCGUAAUUGUCCACCCUGAUCCGCUCGUAAUGAGCUUGGUCGAGCUAACGCUCACGAUGGAGGCCACCGUGCUGACGCAAACCGAGCUGGAUUCGCUGCAGCAAAAGCUGGUUCUGCUAAUCGGGGACAACACGCGGGUUCACAUCCGUGACCUCAAGAUCGAACACAAAACUGGCCAAGUGGUUAUUGUGUUCUAUGUCGACAAAAGCGGCGACAAAGAAAAGCAGGACAUUAUCCCAGCCCUGGAGGUGGAAAAAAUCCUGAAGGAAAAAUUCUGGCGCGACUACUCCAUCCUCGGUACGUCGGUAGCCGGCAUUCGGACCGCAAUCUGCCAGAACGAAUGUUCCGGCCACGGCGUCUGUAACGCCGAAACGCGCGACUGCAUGUGUCAGAGCUUCUGGAUGCCGGACAUCUUUUUCUUCUGGGGCAUCGCCGAGGCCAAUUGCGACUGGUCCAUCCUGUACGUGAUCAUCGGUGUUUUCAUCGUGUUUCUGCUGCUUUCCGGCAUCUGCUGGGGCAUCACGUGUCUGUGCCGGCGGACGGCCAAACCGCGCACGCGAAGCAAAACGCAAAAGUAUUCGCUGCUUGCGCACGACGACGAGCUGCCUUCGUAUAACCGCGCUGGGACAGCCAUUUCGGACUCCGAAACCGACUCGGACGUGCUGUUCGAGAGUCGAUCGAAGCAACCUAACGGUCUGGUGCAUGGAACCGGCCGCAGCGGGAGUGCCCUGCCGAACGGAGACACCCGCAACGGACACACCAAGUACAGCACGACCCGGCUGGGUCGACGGAUCAAGGCUUAGGAUGUUCUGCGAUCCUAGUAUGCUGUUAAGCACGGCACCACGUACUUAUGAGUUUCCAGUGACGACUUGAUUUCCUGAAAAAAAAAUGAUGUAUUCUUUGACAUGAUUAUUGCGUUAGAAAGCAAACAGGAUAGUGAUC